AAUUUUCGUUGUUCGGCCAGUAAAUCAAGGCCGUUCAAUCCAGAAUAUCGCUAGAUUUUCUAUCCAGAACGAUUGAACGUCGGUGACCGCCGCGCAACGUUUCGGAUAAAUGCUUUACUAACGUAGUGAGGUAUUUCCUGCUAUCUCGUGAAUUUCCAACGUCUCCGUUUGACAGAUUGUCGGUGUGUGUAUGUGUUCCGUUCCACGUGAAUUCUUUGUUUGGGCACCGGUGAUGUUUCUGACAAGCGUUAGAACCACGGCCUGCUAGCGGCGACCCGGCGCAUGGGUGGCCCUCCGUCGGUGAUGGCGGGGAAAGACGGGAAGCUGGAGCCGAAAAGCGGGGACGUGGUGAGGCAGGGGUUCAUGGUGAAACGUUCCCAGAACAAGAAACGUUUCACCCCCGUCAACUACAAGCAACGCUGGUUCGUUCUGACCAGACGGUUCCUCGUUUACUACGACGGCGAUGGGGAGCGUCGCAAGGAACGAGGUAGAAUCGCGGUCGAGAGCGUCCACGUGGUUGAAACGGCGAGCCUCGGGAGCAACGCCGGCGGCGUCGGCGGCGGCGUCGGCAGCGAGGUGGCAGGCAGCGAGGCAGGAACAGGCGGAGGCGGCGGAGGAGGAGGCGGCGGGGGUGGCGGAAUACCACCUGGGCUACCGUUCCAGGUGGGCUAUCGAGAAGCCGGCCAGGAGUACACGCUCUACCUUCUCGCCGCCCGCGAACAGGACCGCGCCGAGUGGAUUCGUGCCAUCCGUGCUGUGUGCAGCGAAAAUCCAAGUCUGAGCGGCCGUUAUCACGCCGGACUGUGGAGCGGAAAACGUUGGUCCUGUUGCCGCCUGUCGACACGCUCCGCGGAAGGUUGCGAUACCUGCAGUUCCUGGUCCUCUAAGCCGUUGAACACAACGAACCCGUCCUCGACGUCCGCCUCGUGCUUCAGCUCCGUGGCCGGCACCACCACCGCCACUUCCACCACCGCCGCCAUCACCGAUCGACCGCAGACGACCAACUCCGAGGCCAAUAACAAUCCCAUCGUUCACUCACAGGCACGCUCGACAAUCGGUGAGAGUACCCGCUGGGGCGAAUUACGUUAUACAGGGACCCCCUCAACUCCAAUCAUGCCGGGGGGCACACCUGGAACUCCAUCUUCCAAAACAAAGGACAAAAUAAUGCUGAGAACGAAGGUCGUGGUGGCUCUGUACCCUUUCCGAGCGGUCGAAGGGGACGACCUGUCUCUAAAAAAGGGCGCAGAGUACGAGGUGCUGGACGACUCUCAGGAACACUGGUGGAAAGUCAAAGACGAGCACGGAUCCAUUGGCUACAUUCCUAGCAAUUAUGUGAUGGAGAAGGAGCUUCUGGGUCUUCAGAAAUAUGAAUGGUACGUGGGUGACAUGUCCAGACAACGCGCAGAAUCAUUGCUCAAACAGGAAGACAAAGAAGGAUGUUUUGUCGUUCGUAACUCUUCCACCAAAGGACUUUACACGCUUUCCCUGUACACUAAAGUCCCACAUCCUCACGUGAAACAUUAUCACAUCAAGCAGAACACUAGGGGAGAAUUUUAUUUGUCCGAGAAGCAUUGCUGUGGUUCUAUACCAGACUUGGUGAAUUAUCACAGGCACAACAGCGGAGGAUUGGCCAGCCGAUUGAAAACCAGCCCUUGCGACCGCCCUGUACCACCAACUGCUGGCCUCAGUCAUGAUAAAUGGGAGAUCGAUCCAGCCGAGCUACAUCUGUUGGAGGAACUUGGCUCUGGACAAUUUGGAGUUGUGCGAAGAGGAAAAUGGCGUGGUUCCAUAGACGUUGCCGUCAAGAUGAUGAAAGAGGGCACCAUGUCCGAAGACGAUUUCAUAGAGGAAGCUAAAGUGAUGACGAAACUUCAACACCAGAACUUGGUCCAGUUGUAUGGUGUUUGCAGUAAAGAUAGACCAAUAUACAUUGUCACCGAGUACAUGCGACAUGGAUCUCUUCUUAACUACCUCCGUCGUCACGAAACAACAUUGGGAGCAAACGUUGGUCUUCUGUUGGAUAUGUGCAUACAGGUUUGCAAAGGAAUGGCUUAUUUAGAGAGGCACAAUUAUAUUCAUAGAGACCUUGCUGCACGCAACUGUUUAGUGGGCUCAGAAAAUGUAGUAAAAGUUGCUGACUUUGGAUUAGCAAGGUAUGUGCUCGACGAUCAGUACACCAGCAGUGGAGGUACUAAGUUUCCAAUUAAAUGGGCACCGCCGGAAGUCUUGAACUACACUCUGUUCAGUUCGAAAUCAGAUGUCUGGGCAUACGGAGUACUUAUGUGGGAAGUAUUUACUUGCGGAAAAAUGCCUUACGGACGCCUAAAGAACACCGAUGUGGUAGAAAGAGUUCAACGAGGAAUCAUACUAGAGAGACCCAAAGCCUGCUUUAAGGAAGUUUACGAGGUAAUGCGAAAAUGCUGGGCCCACUGCCCCGAAGUACGACCAUCCUUCCGCGUCCUGAAGGAACAGCUCAUUAGCGUGUCUCAAGGUCUGCUCAAUGAUUGACUCAACCUUCUACGGUGUAUGCGCCUAUCGUCGCCUUCGAGCCGGUCAAUACAGGCGGCAAAGUCUCCAUCGCUCGAGCGAUCGCCCUCGAUACUACCAUCCCCGAACUCUACGUCAUCGUACAACUCGGCAACUUUGCCGUCGUCGCGCAAAAGCCGCUCGCCAGCCUCACUACCGCCCUCGGUCGAUUUUCUACACCUGUCCUCAUCCACCUGUAAAUUGAAGAAAGAAGGGUCAUCCUCACCGAGUACACCCGGCCACCAACCUAGUCAACCAUCGUCAAGCUCGUCUAACGUCUGUGACAUUUGCAGUUCCUACGGACACCCGUGGAUUGAAAUUUGCAAGGCGAUACGAGCCACUAAAGGCAAAUAAUUUUCAUGUGUGUGUGUGUGUGUCCCGAAAAUACAUACGUGUGUCGGUCCAAGGACCGUAUCGCAGCUUACACGCCUGAAGAAUCGAUGCAAUAAGAAUUGAUGCAAUACAAUUGUUCAACCCACAACGCCCACACUUUCCGACUCCUUUCACCCCUAUCCGAAUCUCGUUUACACAUCAUUAGAUAUACAUAUAUAUGUAUAUCUAUACAUAUAUAUAUAUAUGUACUUCAAACAUUAUUUUUCAUCCAUUGAACGUCGAACAAAGAUUCGAGCGCGUGAUAUUCUUGCGUUUUCGCAUAAUUACAUAGUUUCUCCCUUCCUCCCCCGGUAUGAUUUUCAGUCUCUUUAUUCCAUACAACGAUAUGGAUGCAUUUACGAAUAGAACAGUAGUAUUUAUUGAGUGUCCUUGAAUGGAUAUAAACUAGUAAGUUGUGACUCUUCCGUAGGAGCAUAUACUGGUCCUUUUGUUAUUGACUUUUUAACGA